UGUUGAAAAUGAGAAAAACGCAGCCUCUCUAGUCUCUCAGCGCAAACACACAGAGAGACACACAGAGAACGUUACUAGCUACUACUGCCACUCCAUUCAUUGCAUCUCUCUGAUCCAAAAAAGAAAACCCUAUUCACAUUAAAUUCUUCCUCUCAGCCCUCGCCUCGGUUUCUCAGAAGGAUUCAGUUAAACGACGUUGUCGUCUCCGAAUACCAAAGCGGCGGAGGAACAUUUUCGGUGGCUUUUCAGAGGUUAGCUUUGCCAUGGAGAGCUCUGAUGAUGAAAAGGAUGGAGUCCUCGCUAAUUACAUCCCAAAAGAACUGACCCAUGGUUUGGCAUCUAAUGAUGCAAAAUUUGUAGAUGAAGUACUUAAUGGUCAAAAUGAACGAUGUUGUGAAAAUUUUCGCAUGGAUAAGCAUGUAUUUUACAAGUUAUGUGAUAUUUUGCAAGCCAAAGGCUUGCUACGGCACACAAAUCGAAUCAAGAUUGAGGAGCAAUUAGCCAUUUUCAUGUUCAUAAUUGGUCAUAAUCUACGUACUCGAGCUGUCCAAGAGUUAUUCCGAUAUUCAGGAGAAACCAUCAGUCGCCAUUUCAAUAAUGUCUUAAAUGCAAUUAUGGCCAUUUCAUUAGAUUUCUUUCAGCCUCCAGGGUCCAAUGUUCCACCUGAGAUCCUGGAAGAUCCAAGAUUCUAUCCAUACUUCCAGGAUUGUGUGGGAGCAGUUGAUGGCAUCCAUAUUCCGGUGAUGGUAGGUGUAGAUGAGCAAGGACCUUUCCGCAAUAAGAAUGGCAUGCUUUCACAAAAUGUUGUGGCAGCUUGCUCAUUUGAUCUCAGGUUCCAUUAUGUUCUAGCCGGCUGGGAAGGCUCAGCAUCAGAUUUGCAAGUCCUAAAUUCUGCACUCACCAGGCGAAACAAACUUCAGGUCCCUGAAGGUAAAUACUACCUUGUAGACAACAAGUAUGCAAAUAUGCCAGGUUUCAUUGCCCCGUAUAAUGGUGUUCCCUAUUACUUGAAGGAGUUUCCUUGCGGCUAUCACCCCCAAGAUGCCAGAGAGCUAUUUAAUCAACGGCACUCAUUGUUACGAAAUGCCACCGAUCGUAUAUUUGGCGCUUUGAAGCUCCGAUUUCCUAUAUUGAUGUCUGCUCCUCCAUACCCGUUACAAACACAGGUGAAGUUGGUCGUGGCAGCGUGUGCGAUACACAAUUACAUCCGUAGGGAGAAACCAGAUGAUUGGAUUUUUAGAAUGUAUGAGCAAGAUAGAACUGAACUACAAAUCGAGGAGUCUUUGCCAACUUCAGAGGUGGAGCAGCCCAUGAUGCAUAUUGACACCCAAGCGCUGGACAUUGGUUUGGAAACAGAAGAAGUAGAAAUCUCUUCGCGACUGCGGGACUCUAUUGCAACUGAGAUGUGGAAUGACUAUAUCCGUGAUUUCUCAGCCAUGUAAAUUGACUGAUCUUAAUUAGAGUUUCCAGGCUAGGACUGAAAUUUUUUCGACAUCAAAAACCAGAAGAAAGAUUUUGCAUUGUGAUUUGAUGCUGUACAUUGGCCCUUCUGUUCAUACAAAAAGGAAAUAUAUUGCUAGUUCAUACUUUUCAAACAUUGCAGUUUGGUAAAAUGAGAGGGUCACUUUGAGAAGGAUUGAAGAUGGGGCUUUGACAAAUUACUGUUUUCUGAGACACUAAAUUUUAGGUGUUCCAGGCCCAGGGGCCCUCGACGACUUCCAAGUCUUUACCUAAUUCAAUGCGCUAACAGGUUACAGGCGGCUACUGAAGGGGGAGUGGAUCAAGACAAUUGUGCACUAUUUCCGAGGGACCAACCAUUGACCCAAAAAAUGUUAUCUUAUAGGAUUUGCUCAGUGCAGAUUCUUUUCCCCCACUCUAUAUAUAUUUUGAGUCUUAAUUUUUCAUGAUUCUAAAUCUUGAAUCAGAUUGAAGUCGACUCUA